AUGCUGCUCCCCACUUCCUGCCACGACUUGGCGGCAUGGACGACCGAGCACUACCUCGUCUGGGACGCCCGCCUGAUCUGCCCGUGCGGUCGCCUAAUGUCUGGCACCCCGUGCGCUCUCCCGAUCGACCCGUGUGGUCGGCCCAUGUCUGGCGACCAGAUCACCCGCCUGACUAACUCUGAUGGGCUGACCCCUAAUCCUCUUGGGAUCUUGUAUGAGAUGGUGAUGGGCUUAGAUGUCACUUGUGGUGGUGACGGGGGCUAUUCUCUCUGCGAGCGUCUUAGUGGUGCUAAAAGAAGCAACAGCACUGCAACCAACUCGGCCAGUGGGGAAAGAGAAGAAGAAGAAAGAGAAGAGAUCUUUCACUCCACCUCCAGCUCCUGGAAACCCAGCACCGACUCCUGCUCCUCCUACAGCUCCAGCUGUAAGCAAGCACCAACUGCAACACCAGCUCCAGCACCACCAACAACUGCAUCAGCACCAAUGCCAGCCUCAGCUCCAGCACAAGCAUCAGCUCCAGCACCACCAAAAACAACUGCAUCAACACCAAUGCCAGCUCCAGCACAAGCACCAGCUCCAGCACCACCAAAAACAACUGCAUCAACACCAACGCCAGCCUCAGCUCCAGCACCUGCAUCAGUACCUGCAUCCACUACAGCGCCAGCUCCAGCACCCGCUACAGCCAACCUGGAUCAAAAUGGACCAGAGGGAAAAGAGGAAGCCCCCCCGCCACCAAUCGUCAUCAACGCUUAUUCAGAUGAGCAGCUUCGCUCUAUAGUGAAGCGCAUGAGAGAGAGACUUGAUAUCUACAAAGAGAAAGUGGCUGAUCAGUAUGCUUCAUCGCCAGAAAUCAGUCCCCCUGUCACACCACUCAUGCACAAACCCCACUAUGCUAAACUACUAGAGGAGAGAAAAAAGCAAGCAGAGGAGGAGCGGAUCAAAAAGGAGGAGGCUGACAAGAAGAAGAAAGAAGAGCAAGAGAAGAAAAAGAAAGAAAAUGAGCAGAAGAAGAAGGAGGAGGAAGAGAAAAAGAAAUUGGAAGCAAAAGAAGAAGAAAAGAAACGCGACUAUAAGGUUGUCAUGAAGGAGAAAAUGUGGCUGUCUGUUGAUGUCUUUCUGAAGCCCAUAGAGGACAGUAUGGACUCUGUGCUGGGGAGCACUAUAGAUCCUUUUACAGAUCGUCGCUACAUUGCCUGGUUGAGCCUGGUAACUCUUGCUUUCAACUACAACACCUGGUUCAUUACUGCCCGUCUCUGUUUUCCCUACCACACCGAAUGGUCGAUCCCUUACUGGUUCAUCGUGGACUUGCUGGCUGACUUCAUCUACCUCACAGACAUUAUCAUUUUUCAGUCCCGCAAACAAUUUGUCAAAGCUGGAGACAUUAUUAAAGACAAAAUGCUGACAAAGAAGAAUUACAGAGAAAAUGAGAGAUUCAUGAGCGACGUAUUGUCCGUUUUACCCUUCGACUUACUCUACUUCCAGUUUGGUUUUAAAUCCAUUUUUAGAGCCAACCGCUUGCUGAAGGUAGAUACAUUUUUCGAGUUCAGCGACCGCCUGGAAAGUAUAAUGGCGAAGGCUUACAUCUGGAGAGUUAUUCGCACCAUUGGCUAUCUCCUUUUCAUGCUCCACAUCAAUGCCUGCCUCUAUUAUGUAGCUUCGGACUACCAAGGCAUCGGUAAAACUAAGUGGGUCUACUCUGGACUGGGAAGUGCGUACCUGCGUUGUUACUACUUUGCUGUCCGCAGUCUGAUCAACAUUGGGGGUCUUAAUGAACCCCACACCGUCUUUGAGAUUGCGUUUCAGAUGACUAACUUUUUCACGGGCGUCUUUGUGUUCUCCAGUUUGAUUGGCCAGAUGAGGGAUGUGAUUGGUGCUGCCACAGCCGGACAAACAUACUUCCGCUCGUCCAUGGACAGCACUGUGGCAUACAUGGUGACCAAUCGAAUCCCAUCAUUGGUCCAGAACAGAGUUCGCACUUGGUAUACGUACACUUGGGAUGCUCAGGGCAUGCUGGAUGAGUCUGAGCUGCUUGAUAAGAUGCCAUUGGUGAUGAGAACCGCUAUUGCUGUGGACAUCAACCUGGCCACUUUUCAAAAAAUCGAUCUUUUCAAGGGCUGUGAUCAGCAGAUGCUGGUGGAUAUGUUACUGAGAUUGAAGUCCAUCAUCUAUCUGCCAGGAGAUUUUGUUGUAAAGAAAGGUGACAUCGGAAAAGAGAUGUACAUCAUUAAGAGUGGAGCCGUGCAGGUGGUCGGCGGACCUGACAACAGCAUUGUGUUUGUGACACUUAAGGCUGGCUGUGUGUUUGGAGAAAUCAGUCUGCUGCAGUCAUCCAAAGAUGGAGGAAAUAGGCGAACUGCCAAUGUCAAAGCCUAUGGAUUUGCUAAUCUUUUUGUCCUGGAGAAGAAAGACUUGUUUGAUAUUCUUGUCCACUACCCAGAAUCUCAGAAAGUAUUGGCCAGAAAGGGAAGGAAACUAAUGAAAGCAAAAGGUCCAGGAGCAGCUAAAGCAGAGGAGGAAAAGAAGAAAGGUCUCGCACUUUUUGGACCCAAACCACCCACACCCAAAUUAUUGCGAGCCUUCGGCGGUGGCUUCAACAGAAAAAUGAUUGACAAACUCAAGGCGGAAGCCAGCGAGCGCAGAGAAGCUGCCGCGGUGCAGCGCAGAACCGGAACCCCCCCCCACCCAGGCAAUCAGGUGAAUAGGAGGCCACACCCCAUGAGCCACGCCAUACAGAAAAACUCCAUUACCCAGCACCAUGAUGGGAUUUUCUGGGGAGGGCAGUGCACUCUAUACAUUGAAAUAGGAGAGCCCGAGCAGCGGGACUGCCGCAUGGAAGUUCUUCCAAAAUGCACAUCCCACCGCCCCUCGCUGGAGCCUCCCCCAUCCCACCCCACCCCACCCCAGGAUUGUAAUGUGUGA